GGCUGGGUGGUGUCUCGCCGCCUUUAUCUCAGCCGCGCCUGAUAAUGGGGGUUCCACUCCGCUUUUUACCUCGGCCGUGCCCCUCAUAUCCCCACUCAGAUCGGAGUUUUAGCGACUCUCCCUGGUAAUGCAGGUUGAGUUUCGGAGAGAAGAAAGCGGGACCUGGAGUAAGGACUUCUCUCUGACAUACUCCGUUCUUUAAUCUCAAUACUUUUUGUACGCAUUUUAACAGAAACUAAAGGGAACCCGUAAGUUUUGGAUGACCGUCCCCGCAGUGCUUUGGACAAGGAACGACGGCGGACUGCUGUUAAAAGGAAAGCGUGGAAAAAAGUAACGAAAUAACUUUUGUCAGGAGUGAAGGACUUCGGUUUUUUUCUGUUCCCGGCGUAUGAAGCCUGAUCUGGGUAGAAGAGGAAAAUGGGAACUUUGCAUAGAAAGUCCGGACGUGCCGCCGUAUUAGUUGCAUUAAUACUUCUCCUUGAUGUGGCUCAGAGCUCCAAGGUAUGGAGCGAGGUGGCAUUUCCAGAGGACAUGGAGGCCGAACGGGGGGGAAGGCAGUUUAAGAGGUUCUUGGCAGAAUCUGAUGACGAGGACUUUGCCAUGGAUGAAGCUUCAGGAGAAAGACCCAGUGGAGAAGAGGACGGAAGCACCCCAGGGUCCAAUAUUGACAUCCAAGGAGCUACAGCACCUCCUUGGGAAUCGCCAGCUAUCGCUGAGAUACACAGCCCUGACCAUCAGGAGUACAUCUACUACCGUGCUCUGGUGAACUUCACCAACUCCUUUGUGUACGGACCAGAGCUUGAAGACAUCAACUCCCCCCUUUUCAAGGAAAUCACAGAUGCUGUUGUGGACACGCUGGAGUCUGAAUACAACAAGAUACCUGGAUCCCAGACAGUCAACGUGAUUAUCAUCAAAAAGCUGGGGAAUAACGUGUUUGUGGAACUGGACGUGGGAUCGGAAGUGAAUAUGAACACAGAGCAGAUCCGCAACGUCCUGUUCUCCGUGGUUAAGGAGGGCUCCAUUGCGUCCUACAUCACAUCCGUGCACGGAUUCCAGUUCCGGCGUCUGGGAGGUGGAGAUCUGGAGAGUUCUGUUGACACGCCUCUCCUGGUGUCAGUAGAGCCCAUAUCAUUCCCAGUCCAAGUUGAUGACAAUCGACAGCCCUGCACCGAUUCCGAGUUUACCUGCCGGGAUGGUGAGUGCAUUCCAUCAGAGUACCGCUGUGACAAGAGGCACGACUGCAGGGACAUGAGCGAUGAAUCUGACUGUGUCUUAGCAGGUCCACGGCCACCUGUCCUCAAGCCCCCUGUGCUAAGGCCCUGCAGAGCAGACCAGGCCACCUGCCAGAACGGACAGUGCAUCCCUCGCGACUACCUCUGCGAUGGGGAGCGGGACUGCUCCGACGGCAGCGACGAGCUCGCCUGUGGUACCCCAUCUCCCUGCGAACCCAAUGAGUUCAAAUGCCAGAACGGACACUGUGCCCUGAAGCUGUGGCGAUGUGACGGGGACAACGACUGCGGGGACAACUCCGACGAGAGCUACUGCCCCGUGAAGAGCCCUGGGGACACCUGUGCCCCGGAGCAGUUUGUGUGCGUCAGGGAUCGUACAUGUAUCCCAGCCAGCUACCAGUGUGACGAGGAGCCUGACUGCCCCGACCGCUCCGACGAGAUCGGCUGCACUCCACCGACGAUCACCAGCCCCCCCGAGGAGUCCGUCAUGGCCAUGCGAGGGGAGACCGUCACCUUCACCUGCAAGGCCGUCGGGGUGCCGACUCCCAUAAUCACCUGGAGGCUCAACUGGGGCCACAUUCCCAACAGCAGCAGGAUCAGCAUGGCCAGUGUGAAUGGGCACGGCACCCUAACCAUCCAGGACGUGAAGGACGGUGAUCAGGGGGCGUACACCUGCGAGGCCAUCAAUGCCAAGGGAAUGGUGUUCGGCAUCCCCGAUGGGGUCCUGACCGUCAAACCAAACACCGCGGGCCACUGUACCGGCGGCCACUUUGGUGCGGGUGACGGCUCCGCCUGCAUCCCCUGCUUCUGCUUCGGCAUCACCAAAAACUGCCAGAACACCGGACGACACCGCAACCAGAUCAGGCUUCGAUUCACGGAGGAGGACAAUUUCAAGGGUGUUAACGUCUCGUUCCCGUCCCGGCCCGCCUCACCUCCUCUCUCCUCCACCCAACUUCUGAUUAAUACUGAAGUGGAGGAGUUCCAGCUGGUGGAUCUAUCCCGACGCUUCCUCAGCCUGGAGUCCUUCUGGACAUUACCGUCCCAGUUUCUAGGCAACAAGGUGGACUCCUAUGGCGGAUCCCUGAACUACAAGGUGCGUUUCACCCUGGCUCGAGGGGAGACAGAACCCGUGCAAAAACCAGACGUGGUGCUGGUGGGUAACGGCCAGAAGCUGAUCUAUCGCCGGACCAGUCCCACAAGUCCUAGGAUAACCAACGAGAGGGAAAUUAAGUUCACAGAGGAAAACUGGCAGCAUGCGUCAGGACGACUGGUCACUCGCGAGGACCUGAUGAUGACGCUGGUUAACCUAGAGAGCAUCAAUAUUCGCACCACCUAUGACAACCGCAUGGUGAGCGUGGCCCUCCGUGACAUUGUCAUGGACACCACUACCGUGGAAUUCAGCGGCCAGGGCCCCGCCAAUGACGUGGAGCAGUGCAGGUGUCCCCCAGGCUAUUCGGGCCUGUCCUGUGAGUCGUGUGCCUCUGGUUUUGAGCGGGUGUCUGGCGGUUCCUACCUCGGUAGCUGUGCUGGCUGCAACUGCAAUGGACACGCCAGCGCCUGCGACCCUAUCAGCGGACACUGCUUGAGCUGCCAGCACAACACUGAGGGGCCACAGUGUAACAAAUGUCGACCGGGCUACUUCGGCGACCCGACCCGUGGGCGAUCGGAUGACUGCAAGCCCUGCCCAUGCCCAUACAUUGAGACCUCCCGUCGCUUCUCGGAUACCUGUUUCCUGGAUUCCGACUCCCAGGCAACAUGUGAUGCCUGCAGGCCGGGAUACACGGGCCGACGUUGUGAGAAGUGUGCACCCGGAUAUCACGGUAACCCACUUCAGCCCAACGGCAAGUGUGUUCCCCAAACUCAAGGCCAGUGCGACAACAGAGGGACUAUAUCCUCAAGCAGCAGACCAUGCAGAUGCAAGUCCAACGUGGUGGGCGCACUGUGCGACGAAUGUAGGAGCAGCUCCUUCCACUUGACCGAGGACAACCCAGACGGCUGCUUGCAGUGCUUCUGCAUGGGCGUGACCAAGCAGUGCACCAGCUCCACAUGGAGCAGGGACCAGGUGCGGGGGGGCGUGAAUGGGCAGCUCUUCAGCCUGGCCAAUGCGGCUCACACGCGCACCAUCAGCGACGGCAUCGGCCAGCGCGGCGGCUCCGAGGUCAUCUUCCGCUUCUCCACGCACGUCCCCCACGACGUCUUAUUUUGGGUCCUUCCUGAGAGCUUUCGGGGAGAUAAGGUCACGGCCUACGGCGGAGAGCUUCGCUACACCGUGAGCUACGUACCGCGCCAGCACUCGGCGCCGAUCGAGGGCCAGCCGGAUGUGGUCCUCCAAGGCAACGGCAUCAUGCUGGAGCACUACUCCAGCACCAAGCCCACCCCCCACGUCGCCACAGUCAUCACCGUGCCCUUCAGAGAGUCGGAAUGGAAACGGUCUGACAGGCAGCCCUGCACACGCGAGCACCUGCUGAUGGCCCUUGCUGACAUCACAGUCUUUAUGAUCCGGGCCACCUACGCGAACAGCAUGACGGAGACUGGUAUUGCAGAUAUUUGGAUGGACAUUGCAGUCCCCCACUCCACAGGAAAUGAGCGUGCUCUAGAGGUGGAGGAGUGCGCCUGCCCUCAGGGUUACAGAGGUCCUUCAUGCCAGGAGUGCGAUGUCGGGUACAUCCGCACGGGGUCAGGACUGUACCUUGGGACCUGUGAGAGGUGCAAUUGCCACGGGUAUGCUACUACUUGCGAUCCUGACACCGGGAACUGCCUGCAAUGCCAGCAUAACACGGCUGGGCCACACUGUGAUCGCUGUCGGCCUGGUUACUAUGGCAACCCCAGGAGUGGCAGCCCAGCAGCCUGCCAGCCGUGUCCUUGCCCUGGCACCUCCCCAGACAUCCAAUUCUCUCGGACCUGUUUCUUGGACUCUGACGGCCAGCCUACUUGUGACGGUUGUCCACCAGGCUUUACGGGCCGACGCUGUGAGAGGUGUGCGGCUGGAUACAGUGGCAACCCACAGCUUGGUCAAGCAUGUGUCAUUCGUAAUGAUCUGAAUGGAAACUGCUACAGUUGCGAUCAGAGAGGAAGUGACGGAUGUGACAGCAAUGGAGUUUGUCGCUGCAAGGCAUAUGUGGAGGGUCCCUUAUGUGCCCAGUGCAAACCGGGCCAUUUCCACCUGAGCCCUGCCCACAAGGAUGGCUGCCUCUCCUGCUUCUGCAUGGGCAUCACCCAGCAGUGCUCAAGCUCCAGCUACUACAGGGACUUGGUGUCCUCGUCCUUUGCCCCCGGCCACUUCCAGGGCUUCGCCCUGGUGAAUCGCCAGCGCACUAAUCGCAUCGCCACGGGUUUCACGGUGGAGGUGUCCACUCAGGGCACUCAGCUCUCCUUCAGCAGAUUUGGAAACCUUGCCCAAGAAGCCCACUAUUGGCAGCUGCCGGAGGCCUACCGCGGAGACAAGAGUGAAGCUUUCUAUGCUCGUAUGAGACGGGCACACAAGAAAGACUCCCUGUGGACAGAGGAGCAAAUGCGGAAAGAUGCCUCCAUAUGGAAACUCAUGGACUCCAUGAUGAAAGAUUCUGGCAGGUUGAAGCGGGCCGUCGAGCAGUCACCCAAUGAUAUCCAGCAGUUGGACGAGGAGAUAUGGGCGUUAAUUUCCAACUUCUCACACAAACCAACCAGUCGUCGCCCUUUCUCACUUCCUGCGUCCCCUGCUUCCCUCAAACCAUGGAACUCCCCAUUACCUUCUGCUCAGCAUGCCCCCACACCUCUGCAUCAGCCUUCUGGCCUCCUGGCCUCCAAACCCAGCAGGGCCCGUGGGCCUCAUUCCACGCCCCCCGGGUAUUCCUCUAAGCUCAAAGAUGCCCAGGCUCUGCCUCAGACUCGCCGAGACGUGAAUGUGUAUGCUCUGGUCUACAAAGGUUUCAGCUUGUACCCAGAGGAAGUCCUUUUCUGGCAGCUGCCUCCACAGUAUAAGGGGGUCAAGGUCGGCUCCUACGGCGGCCGCCUGAAAUACACCCUCUCCUAUGUGUCAGAUCCAAGGGGCUCAUCCAUUGAAGAUGUUGACGUUCAGAUUAUCGGCAAUGACAUCACCCUGGUCACUCGACAGCCUUGGCCUAGAGGACAGGGGACGCGGGAGUCCCGUCAGUUUGAGGUCGUCUUCAAAGAGGAGAACUGGCAGCGGCCGGACGGCAUGCCCGCCACGCGCGAGCACCUCAUGAUGGUGCUGGCGGACCUGGAUGACAUCUUGAUCCGUGCUUCCUACUACACAGACAUGCGCUCCACCAGCAUCUCCGAUGUCAGCAUGGAGGUGGCUGUGCCAAACUACACCGGCCUGACACAGGCCCUGGAGGUAGAGGAGUGUCGGUGCCCACCUGGCUACCGGGGCCUGUCCUGCCAGGACUGUGCUGCAGGGUACACCAGAACCGGAGGAGGACUCUACCUUGGUCACUGUGAGUUGUGUGACUGCAACGGGCACUCCGACUCCUGCCACCCGGAGACGGGCGUCUGCACGAGUUGCCUCCAUAACACCAUGGGUCAGAUGUGUGAGCAAUGUGCCGCUGGGUUCUUCGGCGACCCCACUGCAGGAACACCAGAAGAUUGCCAGCCCUGUGCUUGUCCACACACAGAUCCAGAAAAUCAGUUUUCUCAUACCUGUGAGAGCACUGGCAAUGGAGGCUAUCAGUGCACGGCUUGCCAGCGAGGAUACACCGGCCAGUACUGUGAACGCUGUUCACCAGGAUAUGUCGGCAACCCUCAAGAGAGGAUUAAGUGUCAUAUCCACAGCGAUGCUGUUUCCCUGGUGGUGAGGAUUCAGCCAGAGAGAGUGCAGGUGUCCCAGGGUGGCUCUGUGACCCUCCGCUGUCAGGUUACCAGCCUUCCGCCCCACAAGUUCCAGUGGUCGAGGGAAGAUGGACGGUCCCUCUCGAGCAAUGCGGAGAUACACAGACAUGGUGAGGAGCUGCACUUCUCGAGUGUCCAACCUCACGAUGCCGGUGUUUACAUCUGCACCUGCCAAGACCAGCACAACACCAACCGGAGCCGUGCCGAGAUCGUCGUCACCGCUGUUUCCACCAAACCUAUUGAAGUGACAGUUGAGGAACCCAAAACUCAGAGUGUAAGAGUGGGAUCAACCAUCCAUUUCAUCUGCACAGCAAAGAGCAAGUCUCCAGCGUACACCCUCGUGUGGACCCGUCAGGGGAGGGGCAACCUGCCAGACCGGGCCGUGGAUUUCAACGGCAUCCUCACCAUCCAUAAUGUGCAGCCAGAAGAUGCCGGCAUCUACGUCUGCACGGGCUCCAACAUGCUUGCCAUGGAUGAAGGCACAGCCAUCCUGCACGUCCCAGAACCCUCUCAGACUCAGAUGUUUUACACGGCCUAUGAAAUGUUUGAAGGACAUAGACUGCCAGCUGAUGGUUCGCAGCCCGUAGCCACAGUGCACCCGCCGGUGCUGAGCGUCCAGCAGGGACAGCGGGCGGAGUUCCGUUGCACCGUCACGGGAAACCCCCCUCCUGUGAUCGAGUGGAUAGGAGGGCCAGGCGGCAGGAUUAACCGCAAUGCCGUCAUCCGUGGGGAGGUCCUGAGCAUCCCGGCUGUGGAACGCGCAGACGAGGCCGAGUACAUCUGCAAGGCCCUGAACGUUCACGGGGAGCACGCAGCCCGGGCCAUGCUCUACGUUCACAGUUCCAGCCUACCCCAGGUUCAGGUGAGCCCGCAGACUGUGGACAUACACGAAGGGGAGACGCUGCGGCUGUACUGUCGAGCUGGUGGGACGCCCACUCCUGGUCUCGAUUGGAAGAGAAGGGAAGGUCCUCUUCCCCAGCAGGCUAUCCCCUCUCAUGGUUUUCACCAGUUUAAAAGCAACAGUCUCGAUGUGUUACAGAAACGCAUAGAGGAGCUUCAGGCACGCAUGGAGCGAACAGACAUAGGUACUCUGCUCAUUCCCAACAUAAAGGCCUCCGACGCCGGCACCUACCUGUGCGUGGGCACCAACUCCAUCGGCUCGUCUGAGGCCAGCAUUAAGGUGAAAGUGAUCAAAGGUGAGGCGUACGACCAGAGGCACCUGCUGAACAGUGGACAAGGAACAGCGGACCCUAUACCCACAUGGAUCACCAUCCUGCCCCAAGUGGCUACAGUGCAGGAAGGCCAGUGGCUGGACCUCAGCUGUGUUGUUCCUGGAAACUUUCCAGCCUCAGUUACCUGGCGAAGGACAGAUAGACCCCUCUCCUCCAAUCAUCAGGUUCGAGGCACCAUGCUCCGGAUCCUCCAGGCUUCUCCGGAUGAUGCCGGAGAGUACAUCUGCCGACUUGAGGGCAGCUCGACCGUCCAGCAGGCCUCUGUGACCGUCACAGUGACCUCCAGCACAUCUCAAGCCAUUACAUCGGUCACCAUCCAGCCCUCCAUCGCCACAGUACAGGAGGGCAAUUUGCUGGAUCUCACAUGUAUUGUCCCUGGACCCUCUUCAGCCUCAGUCGUCUGGCAAAGGGCAGGAAGACCCCUAUCCUCCAAUCAUCAGGUUCGAGGCACCAUGCUCCGGAUCCUCCAGGCUUCUCCGGAUGAUGCCGGGGAGUACAUCUGCCGACUUGAGGGCAGCUCGACCGUCCAGCAGGCCUCUGUGACCGUCACAGUGACCUCCAGCACGUCUCAAGCCAUUACAUCGGUCACCAUCCAGCCCUCCAUCGCCACAGUACAGGAGGGCAAUUUGCUGGAUCUCACAUGUAUUGUCCCUGGACCCUCUUCAGCCUCAGUCGUCUGGCAAAGGGCAGGAAGACCCCUAUCCUCCAAUCAUCAGGUCCAUGGCAGUGUGCUCCGGAUCCUCCAGGCCUCUGCGGACGACGCCGGGGAGUACACGUGCCGGGUCCAAGGUGGCCCAGCUCACCAGCAGGCUUCUGUGACUGUAUCUGUCACCUCAAGCACAUCGCGCUUGCAGACACCCAUUAUCUCCAUCGAGCCCCAUAGUACCGCAGUGCGACUGGGUGAAGCAGCCAGCUUCAGAUGCUACAUCUACAGCGGGGCCCAGCCUGUCCACCUGGAGUGGAAGCUGGCGGGCAACCAGCCAUUGCCAGACAAUGUAAAGGUUGGACCUGACAACUCAGUCAUCACCAUAACUAAUGCCCAGCCAAGGAAUCAGGGCCCCUACCACUGUGUGGCCAGUAACCGCUUUGGAAUUACCCGAAGUAUCGCCUCCUUGAUUGUCAAAGAUUCCCCCAAAGUGACGGUGACCCCCAAAAGUCCAGUUCGGGUGUGGGUUGGUGAACCCAUCAAUCUGGAGUGUCAAGCCAGGGGAGAUCCACGCCCAUCCGUCAGCUGGCAUCGAAUGGACAACAGCCAUAGGAUUGUCCUGAACAGUCCUGUGCCAAUGGAGUCAAAUGCAGUGAUGCAGGUGCUGGUGGCCCGCCCAGAGGACUCUGGUACCUACAUUUGCACAGCACAGAGCAGUGAGGGAACCUCUGAAGCCAGGGUGGAGGUGAUCAUUGAAGGUGGCGCACAGGUGCCUUCUUUCCCCAUAGCUUCUGUGCCUGAGACGUUCAUGGUGGUAAAGGAAGGUCAGACUGUCACACUGCACUGCAACGCCCAAGGAUACCCGACUCCCACCAUCACAUGGUCUAAGCUUCGUGCGCCACUCCCUUGGAGGCACAGUGUGGUCAACAACACCCUGGUCCUAACCAGUGUUGGGCGCCAGGACUCUGGCCAGUAUAUCUGCAAUGCCACCAACAACCUGGGAGUCUCCGAAGUCCUCAUCAUGCUAGAUGUGGAAACUCCCCCUUAUGCUACCACUCUGCCGGAUGACCUGUCUGUCCGGGUGGGCGAAGUGAUCCGGCUACAAUGUUUGUCACACGGGACGCCACCUCUGACCUUCCGCUGGACUAAGGUCAACGGCAGCAUGUCAGCAAGAGCUGAGGUGCGGGGUGGGAACCUCCAGAUCAAUCUGGCCACAGCGAAUGAUGUUGGCACCUACAAGUGCGCCGUCAGCAACAAAGUUGGAUCCAGUGAGGCGUUAGCAAGAGUCAUUGUUAGAUCACCCUUAGAGGUGCGUGUGUACCCACAGGUAGAAGUGAAGGCACCAGGAAGUGCUGUAGAGUUCACUUGCUCAGCAAAUGGGGGCAUCCAGACCACCGUUGAGUGGCUGAAGGAGGGAGGCUCCUUGCCUGCUAACCAUCACAUCAAGGAUGGCAUGCUGAGGAUUGAGAACCUGGAGAAAAGUAACGCUGGCAUAUACAUCUGCAGAGCCACGAGUCUGUAUGGGCAGGCUCAGGACACCGCUAAGCUCACCAUACAAGCACUGCCCAAAGUGAUGAUCAACAUACGGACCUCAGUGCAGACAGUUAUGCUGGGCAGCUCCGUGGAGUUUGAGUGCCAUGCUACUGGCGACCCCGAGCCCACCGUGCAGUGGAGCAAAGUGGACGGCACGUUGUUCUCUCAUGUGGUGGUGAAAGGUGGCAUGCUGACGAUCAACAGGGUGACGGAGGUCGAUGCUGGGAAGUACCGCUGCACCGCCACCAAUAAUGUGGGCUCAGUGCAGUCUGAGGUGAUACUCAAUGUGCAGACCCUUCCUCAGAUCACUGCCCAACCUGAAGUAAGAGAGGUGACAGUGGGCUCCACUGCCGUCUUCCCCUGCAUGGCCUCGGGCUAUCCUCUUCCACAGAUCACAUGGACUAAGCUGGAGGGACCACUUGCUCCAAAAGCUUCUCAAGAAGGCCAUGUCUUGACUAUCCCCAAUGUCACCUUUGAAGACUCAGGAACAUAUGUGUGUACUGCCUCUAAUAAGCAAGGAAAAGUGCAGGCCUUUUCGAUGCUGAAAGUUCACGAGAGAAUUAUGCCCUACUUCACCCAGACUCCACUGUCCUAUCUUACCCUGCCCACCAUAAAGAAUUCAUACAAAGCUUUCAAUAUCAAGAUCACCUUCCGGCCAGACAAUGUUGAUGGCGUCAUUCUGUAUGCCGGCAUGAUUCUCUACAAUGGGCAGAAGAGGACCACAGGUGCCGACUUCAUCUCGCUUGGCCUUGUCGGUGGCCGUCCUGAGUUCAGGUUUGAUGUAGGCUCAGGUAUGGCCACCAUACGCUUCCCCACUCCCAUCAAGCUAGGCGAGUUCCACACAGUAGAACUGUAUCGAAAUACCACGCAAGGGGCCAUUAUCGUGGAUGGACAAGCUCCAAUCAACGGCAGCUCACAGGGCAAAUUCCAAGGACUGGAUCUGAAUGAGGAGCUCCAUGUGGGUGGUUACCCAAACUACAGUAUUGUUUCUAAAACCACCGGCCUUAAGAAUGGAUUUGUCGGCUGUAUCCGUCAACUCAUCAUCCAGGGGGAUGAGGUGAUUUUCAAAGACCUGGACCGUAGCUCCACAGGAGUCUCAAACUGCCCCACCUGCAAAGACCGGCCAUGUCAGAAUGGAGGAGUCUGCCAAGACUCAGAGACCAGCAACUACAAAUGUGAAUGUGUGCGCGGAUUCACUGGCAGCAACUGCGAGCACCACUCCUCUAUGCACUGCCACCCAGAGGCCUGUGGGUCCGAUGCCACUUGCAUCAACAACCCAAGUGGCCGAGGCUAUGACUGCCGCUGCCACCUGGGCAAGUUCGGGGAGAAGUGUAUGCAUGGCACCUUGGUGACCACGCCCCUGUUCAAUGGCGAGGACUCCUUCAUUACAUACCCACCACUCACCAACAUCCACAACGACCUGCGUGUAGACUUGGAGUUCAAGCCGAUGGAAGCCAACGGGCUGAUGUUCUUCAGCGGGGGGAAGAAGAUGAAGGUUGAGGACUUUGUGUCUUUGGCAAUGGUGGACAACCACAUCGAAUUCCGCUAUGAGUUGGGGACGGGCAUGGCCGUGCUGCGCAGCCGUGACCCUGUCAAACUGGGCCAGUGGCACCAAAUUGAAGCCGAACGCAUCGACAGGGAUGGCUCUCUAAAGGUGGACCAAGCCCGUGAAGUGCGGCGGUCAUCCCCGGGAAAAGCCCAGGGCCUAAACAUCUACACUCCCAUGUACCUGGGUGGCGUACCUAGUAUGGACAUCCUGCCAAAACCUGCCAACAUCAGCAUGCUGUUUAAGGGCUGCAUCGGGGAGGUUUCCAUCAAUGGGAAGAAGGUGGACCUGUCUUACAGCUUCACGGAGAGCCAGUCCAUCUCGCAGUGCGUGGACGCCAACCCCUGCGAGCGCCGGCCCUGCCGGAAUGGCGGCACCUGCCUGUACAGUGCAGAGUAUGAGUUCCAGUGCCUCUGCCAGGAUGGUUUCGAGGGCGAGCUCUGCGAGGUGGUCAAAGAUACAUGUCAACACAACUCCGAGUGCCAGAAUGGGGGCCGUUGCCUUGCCAACCGCUGUGUGUGCUCCUCUGGUUUCACCGGCCUCUUCUGUGAAACGAGACACUCUCUGAGCUUCCCCGACGCCAUGUGGGAUUUGGAGGGUAGCGGGGGGAAUGAUUCCCCCGCUGAAUAUGCAGCCUAUUUCCAUGACAAUGGGUACCUAGCACUGCCUAAGUCGGUCUUCCCACGAAGCUCUCUCGAUGCCCCUGAGGUCAUUGAGCUGGAGAUCCGGACAGCUUCCUCAGAAGGCCUGAUACUGUGGCAGGGAGUGGAGCGGAACAGCGCUUUUCCUAAGCUGCAUGCUAAUCGAAAGGAACUUGGAGAUCAGGGAAAAGGCAAAGACUUCAUUAGUCUUGGUUUACAAAAUGGACACCUUGUCUUCAGCUACCAGCUGGGAAGUGGGGAGGCCAAGAUUACUUCCAAAGAGCCAAUUAACAAUGCCGACUGGCACAUGGUUAGAGCCGUGAGAACUGGCAAACAGGGCUACAUCCAGGUUGAUGGAGGACCCAUAAGCAGAGGAUUGUCACGGGGCGAAAGUGUAAUGGUGAACACGAAAGGCGAUAUCUAUCUUGGUGGUGCCCCAAACAUGGUGGCGCUUACAGGAGGAAAGUUCUCCACUGGGAUCACAGGCUGCAUAAGGAACUUGGUCCUGGCGAAUACCUUGCCCUGGGACAGGCAGUUGCAACCCAUCGAUAUACUGGCCCACAGUGGAGAGGGCAUCAAUGUUGAGCGUUGCUCAUCGUAGGCAUCACAGCCCAUUGACUUUGGAGGGAAAACAAAUGCCAUUCAUAUACAUAUACAAACACAAAUGUGGUGCUUUGCUGCUACCCAAAAAAAAAAAGAAAACAAAAUCACAAAAACAAAUGGAUUGUCUUUUCUCUGUGUUGCAUUAAAGCAAAAAAAAAAAGAAAAACACAAAAUAUUAACAAGUCUUUACAAAAAUCUCCCUCAGUGUUAUAUCACCAGUGAAGGACUAUUAAGCAAAAGAUCGAGUUCAGCUUCAGUUUACAUACUCAGUUAACUUUUAGCCAUGAAAAGAAAACAAAGAUAGGCCUUCUGUGACGGAUCCAUGUGGAGUUGGGAGAUUUAACAGCACUGAAUAUUAUUUAUAUACAUAUAUAUUUUUGUGGGGGGAGGGGGGAUGCAAACUAACCAUAACUUGCUCCUAGAGUGUAUUCUGGGUUCUAAUACUGUGUCCACGGCUCGGUUGCCAAGUUGUGUUAAUACUUGAAAAUGUUUGGGCCUCCUCUGUUUAUCAUUUCUCUGCUUUUCUUUCCGGAGACCAUUUGGGCAAGCUUGCUCAAAGCUUUGUUACACGCAGGGUUCAAAGGUCACGGCUCAAAAGCAGUAUCAAGACACAGCUCAGGUGAAGAAAUGAUGCCGAAGACGACGUGAAUGCAGCGGUGCUUUUCGUCUAUCUUGUUUCUUCUGGGAGAUCAUCUGCCUUCCAUGCACAUCAGCUUUUGUGCAUUUUUUUUUUCCGGAAAGCAGCCAGGUUCAGAAAAAUGGUGCGAAAUGGCAGUGCAAAAGCUGUGCUGAGAUCGUUUUCAAUCACCAAAGUUUUUCAUAAAAAAAAAAAAAAGUUUUCUUCCUGUAUAGCCACCAUUUCUGUUGUCUUUGCACAAUUCAUU